GCCUCUGUAGAAGUGUGAAGUUGAGUAAAAGUGUUCUGUGAGUGUGAAUUGGGAAUGGGAUACCAGGGGUACAAAAAUUCUUAAUUUCUUUAGUGUUAUUUGCUAAUAUUUAAUGUUUAUGUGCUGUAUUCUAAAAUACUUAUAUAUGGUUAAAGCACAAUAGAAUGUAUUUUUAGGUAAAUUGCCAAUUUAUUUUGCCUACACACUAUAAUUUUUCAUUGAAUCAUGGAAAUAAAUUAUUGUGAUGUGUAAUAUGUAUUUUAAGACAAGAUAAACAUAACAUAGGAAUGAUGUAUUAUUCUAGUUUUUUAAUGUAUUAGUAAUAAAAUUGAAUAAUAUGAAGAUAAUUUAAAAGCAAGUAGUAAUUAAUGAGUAAAAAUGAUCGGAAACGGGUGUAAUAAAGCCGAAGCCACAAUGAGUACUCCCGAGGAAUCGGAACACAUGCCUGGGGCUAGUAAAUUUUGUAAAGAUCAUAUUAAAGGAUGCUGUGAUCGAGAAAAUUGUCGAUUCAUUCACGACAUACCACCAAAGCCUUUAUUGAAGGAGCUAUUUAACUUUUGUCACGACUUUCAGAAUAAGGGUUGCUAUAGACAAAAUUGUAAGUUCGUGCAUAGUUCCUUAGAAGAAGAAGAACAUUUUUAUGCUACUGGUAUUUUUCCUCGAGAUACUCGUUAUGCACCUAUUUGUCAAGCUUAUAGACAUGGAAAUUGUUUCAAUAAAGAAUGUAAGUAUAUGCACAUAAGCCUUGCUCCAAAUGGACCACCUCCACCAUUAGUAUUUGACCGACCCCCACCAUCAAUGAGAGACAACAACAGUCCUCCUGAAGCGAAAAUUGGAAGAUAUGCAUUUGAUGACACAAGAUUUGAAAAUCAACUAUUAGGAGUACAUAUAACAUGUCAAAAUUGUAACACACUGGACCACAAAGUUAAGUUAUUGCAUGAUAAUAUAAGAGUUCUCUUAAAAAAAGUUAAUGAUUUGACUGAGAAGAAUGCCCAAUUGACAUCUAUGAAUGAGUUUUUAUUACAACAAACUGCAUCUAUGAGAAGUGAACAAUCAUGUGUUAUUACAUCACGACAUGGGACAUCAGCACCAGUUUCUUUGGCAACUGUUAGUGUGACACCUGUAGUAAGUUUAGCUGGUGCUUUGCCAGCAUUGAUGCCAACUGCGGCUACACCAAACAUAACAUUAGCUCCUGCAGCUUCACAAGCUCAGCUGCUUACACCUGCUCCUCAAAUACUUUCAGUGAGUACAACACAGCAGCUUAUGGGGAACUCUGGGGCCCUAAUUGUUACAAGUGCAGGAUCUCAGCAGCUAAUGCAAGUAGGUGAUUCUGGAUCACUCAUGGGUGGAGGACAGACUGUGGUUGCUGUCACACCAGCACAACUUACUUUGGGUCCAGCAACACAGCAAUUGAUGAGUAAUUCACAACAAACUGCAGUGCAACAGCUUGUUCAGACAUCAGCCUUACAACCACAAUUAGCUCAACAGCACCAAAAUCAGUAUGCUGCACAACAAUCAGUGCAGCAUCUGGCUGCACAGCAAUCAGCGCAGCAUUUAGCUCAACAGUCAGCACAACAUCUUGCCGCACAACAGUCAGCCCAACACUUGGCACAGCAAUCAGCCCAGCAUUUGGCAGCUGCGCAACAGUCGGCUCAACAACUGGCUGCUCAACAAUCCGCGCAACAGCAAUUAGUGCCCUCGGCACAGCAGCUGGUUCAUCAAACACCUACACAGCAGAUAACAAUAUCAAGUACUAGUCAAGCAAUGGCUAUGCCAAACUCUCAAUCUCAGCCUCUCACAUUCCCGAUUAUAUCACAGAGCAUCUUACCACACUGAAGAUUAAGAGAUGGUUUUAGCAGAGAAUUGAAGAAUACCAAAAGUGAAAGGGUUUGAAUGUUUAAAGAUUAUUGAGUUUUUUAAAAGUAUUAUUUAAAUUUAAAAUAUCUUAGAAUAAGGUAAGAUACAAUUGUUUGAAACAACAAUAUAAUUUUAUUUAAUAUGUUUUUGUGUGAUUGUUUGCUAGUGCAUAUAAAAUUACUUAUUUAAGUUCCUUCUGUUAUAUAUUAGCAAGAAAUGAUAGCAGGGCUAUCAUUUCAUUCAUUUAGCAAAUAGCCCCAGAAACACCCAUGAUGCCUUACCUGAUCUCAACAAACUAAACUUGUACCUUACUGAAAUGUACUGGAUGUUAAGCCAAUAGAAAAAGAAUAAUAUAAUAUAACUUUUGGGAAGUGCCAUAAUUCUAAUUAUGGUUGUAAGAAAUAUAGCCAUGGAUUAUUACCAAACAUGGAAUUAAACAAGUAAAGGAAAAUUGUGUACACCUUCCCUAAAGGGCCGGCAACUCUCCUGUGAUUCCUCUGGUGUUGCAAGAUAAUAUGGGUGGCCAUAAUCACUUAACACCAGAUGACCUGUAUGCUGGUUUGUCCUCACUCAGUAGAUUUAAUACUGACAAGUCUUACCAUGUGCAGUAAAAUGUAUUUAGAAAAAAGACAUAAUUGUAAGAUCUCUAUCAUCAUAAAAGACAAGAAUACAAAAGAUCUACUUAAUGUGUAACAGAUUGCACCAAAAUUAAUAGUUGAUUUCAGAAAUAUAAGAUAUCUGAACAUAUUAUCAUAAAAGAAUGUAAUGAGGGUUUUAAUUGUAAAAAUGAUCAAAUACAUUUAAGUAGGGCUUACAUAUUAAUAGUACAGCCUAGUGAAACUAAGAACAAAAGUGAAUGUAUGGUAUUGUAUGAAAUGUGCAGUCAUUGAUAGAUUGACAGAUGACGGCUAUAACCUUGUAAAAAACGAAGAUAGCUGAAAUCCACUAUGUUUUAAGCAACUGUUUGCUGUAAAUCUUAACCGUAUUAUACCUUGUUGCCAUAUAUUGUAAUUCACUGCACAUUUCACAUUAAACUAAUUUUUAAUUUUUACUUAGGGAGUCCUAGCUCUUAUAACAUAGUAAUUACAUCCUCUUUGUAACAGCAAUUUGAUUUUGAUCCAACAUGGCAUAAAGUAAUUAUUGUUAUAAAUUUAUAAAAACUUAAAUUUACAUUACAUCAUUGCCUGGUAAUAUAGAUAGAAAUAAUAAUGGCAGGUAGUGUAAGUUAGAUAUGUAAUUUAUUUUGUAUAAUUAAUUAAUGUUAAUCUAACAUGCUUUAUUCUGUGUUUCACUUAGAAAUAAAUUGCAUAGUCAAAAUUAAUUUUGUCUAUGUUAACACACACCA